GGGCGCAUUUAACUUAUAAACGUUAUGGGUUUGUUUAGAAUAUCGACUCAUUUGAUCCCUACUUUGCAUAACCAACCUUAAAUAAAGUUUAAAGUGUGGAACAACGGUUACGUUAUACUUGUGAAUUGUGAUCAUGGAACCUCAUCAAGAAUCGUCGUCAUUGAUAAGCUCAAAUACUUUAGAAUGUAAUGGCGCAAAGGAUAUAAAAGGAAAAGGGAGUCCCGUACAAGGAAGUGACAAUACGAACUUGGAAAAUAUGUUUACAUCGACUCCCAAUCAAAGUUCAAGUCUUUUGUCGCUAAACGGACCUAGAUCAAAACAAACCAAUUGUUUAUCGUAUAAUGAAGUUGUUUCAUCGAAUAGCUUAGCUGAAAGUAACGCAGAGAGUUCAAAAACUGUAUGUACAAAUCAGUCAAAUGUGAAGAUGAAUUCGUGUAACGACAAAGACGUAAUUUCUUCGAAAAAGGUGUACGAUAACGGAGUUGAGCUCAACCAAGAUGUGUUGUCAUGUCAAAAACACAAGAUUUGUCAAGAUCUGGCUGCCAACAGCCCUAACGUUCCCUCAACAAGUGGUAUUAACAGAGUUAAUGAACCUGACAGUAAUUGCAGAGAAAGCAGAAAAAGACCUUCCAGUUUAAAACUCAACAGGCCUAAUUUUGAUGCUGAUGAUAGUUCUAGUGAUACAGGUAAUGAUGAUUAUUCUUUAGGCUCUGAAGAUGGCUGUAUAUAUACAUAUAGAGGUGGUGAGCAUUUGGCUGAUCUACCAAGUUCAUUCUUCAGCUUGGAUAUGGGGCUGCCACUGGAUAAUCAUCUACCCUUGCCGCCAAAUUACCCUGUUCCACAGCAAGGCCAAAGAGAGCAAGGUUCACGUGCCUCUAGUCCAGAUAUGGAUUUCCUUGAAAUGGAUUUUGACCCGGGGCCUUCUUGCGAAAUGGAUACUGGUGAUGAAUCCAUACCCGAUGCUGAAAUAGAAGCAGCUAGUAACAUGCCAGAGGAGAAUGAACCAGUAAUGAUGUCACCUUCACCAGAAAAUGUUUCAGCUCCCAGAGCUAACUCAGUAAAUUUGCCAAGUGCUUCUUCGCACAAUGAUCUUGAAGCCUAUUCACAUGACAUACCAUCUACAAGUAACGAUAACACAGGGCAAGGGGAUGUGGUUGAGUCAACUAUUUUAUAUGGUCCUUAUAUAAUGCAAUCUAAUGCAAGAGGAGAGGAAUUAUUAGUCCGCAGGACUAUGUCACUUUGGCCAACCAGUGGGCUUGCCUGUCAUCAUGCAACAACUGGAGACUUGGUUUGCCUGAGUGAAAUGUUAAACAGUGAUGAAGAAGAAUAUCCAGAUGGUAUUUUAUAUGAGUACCACAAAGGACACUCACGAAGAGUCGAUCCCAAUAAUUUAUCUUCCGUAUACCAUCUCAAAAUAGCUAAAAAUUCUACAGGAGAAAAGACGAAACCAGACAGUGAUAGUCACAUUCCAACAAAGGAGAAUGACACAACCGAACAGGCAACAACUUCAAGUAAUGUAUGUGCGGAGCUACCACGUUGCAUGGUCUGGUCAGAGCGAGAAGCCUGUGAGCGGCAGGUCACACAAAUCGGCACCUCAGCUUGUGGAGCGACAGCAGUUAUUAAUGUUUUUAUUGCUCUGGGUGUGCCAGUGAAUAUAGAAAAAAUCACCUCAGCUGUUGGUACAAGACUAAGAGCUAACAAUGCACCAAUACCAAGGUACAUUUUAAGCCGCGCGGUCGCCGGUUGCACUGCAGCUGAUUUGAUCACCGGCAUACAGAGAGCUUCUGACGGCCUGGUCACGGCGAGGUUUUUUCCAACCUAUCCUGAGCGUGCCGUCUCGCUCUCGCACUGGUUAGCUGAUUGGAUAAGUUUAGGAGCAAUACCGAUCCUAACGCUAAAUCUUCAGAUGGGCUGUCAAGGAGACUUGCCAGAUGCGUGGCACCAUCAGAUGGUGUUUGGGGUGUCACCGCGAGGGGUUUACUUGUGUAAUCCCGUGGAGUGUGUCCGCGAGCACGUCCUGUGGGCCCGACUGGUGUCGCCGUCAGUGCUGUUAGUCCGCAGCCGCGACAUCCUUAGCAGAUACACACCUGACACGGACCUCACGCCGCUCAUGUUUGUGCCAGAUCGGCGGUUUCACACGUACAAUGUCUUUGGUCAAGUCGUGAACUUAAUACGGGAAUGGCGAGCCGCCGGCUGGGUGGAGCGUUCGACGAGGACUCGGCACGUGCGCGUCCCGGCCUCGUACCAGGCCGGCGUCACGGUGGCCGCCCUCACCGGCUCCGAGGCUCACCGGCGACUGAACGCGGCGCGACAGCUGCCCGUCAUAACGCCGCAGAACGAUCCGGAAUGAUCGAGAAGGACUACAGAAGCACAACGCAAAAAGACUUACGGUACGUUUUUUAAAAGUUCCAUCGUGUUUAUAGCAUCGAGGAAACUGCAUUAUAAUAAAUAAAUAAAUAAAAAAUAAAUAUUUACUAACGAUCAC